GAGCUCAGAGAGCAGGAGAGAGAGGGGCUCUAUGUGAGGAACUGGCAGUAACAGUAGCGCCUAUACGCGUCACCGGCAGCCAAAUCCAAAGUAGUCCCGCGUUGCAGUGACAGCCAUGGUGCAGCGAGCAGACAUGGACAGCAGCCAGCACACUGAGCCCAGCACGGACACGGAGGAAGGGGAGUUCAUGGCGUGCAGCCCGGUGCCUCUGGACGAAAGUGACCCGGACUGGUGUAAAACGGCCACCGGGCACAUCAAGCGGCCAAUGAACGCCUUUAUGGUCUGGUCCAAGAUCGAGCGGAGGAAGAUUAUGGAACAAUCCCCGGACAUGCACAACGCCGAGAUCUCCAAGCGCCUGGGGAAACGCUGGAAAAUGCUCAACGACAGCGAGAAAAUCCCCUUCAUCAGGGAAGCCGAGCGGCUGCGGCUCAAACACAUGGCCGACUAUCCCGACUACAAGUACCGGCCCAGGAAAAAGCCCAAAGUGGAUCCUUCAGCCUCGUCUAAACCCCCGGCUCUCACUCAAUCUCCGGAGAAGAGUCCCAAGAGCCGCAGCGCCGGCAGGAAAUGCCCCAAACUCAAGCCCAGUCACAGCGGCAGCGGCUCCAAGUCGCUCAGUAUCAAGUCCGAGUACAGCGGCGGCAGCGACGAGUAUGUGUUCGGCAGCCCCAAAGCGUCCGGCAAAGCUGCGGCAGCGGCGGUGAAAUGCGUCUUUAUGGACGAGGACGAGGAGGAAGAAGAAGAGGAGGAGGAUGAUGAAGAAGAAGAGGACGAGCUGCAGAUCAGGAUUAAACAGGAGGAAGACGACGAGCCGCUGCGACAAUAUAAUGUGGCCAAAGUGCCGGCCAGUCCGACCCUGAGUUCAUCCUCGGCCGAGUCGGUGGAAGGCGCCAGUAUGUACGAGGACAUUCGCAACGGCACCCGCCUCUACUACAACUUCAAGAACAUCACCAAGCAAAGCACAAUCCCACAAGCCACCAUCACCCUGGCCCCCCGACCCGCCCCCACGACUACCUCACCCGCCGGCAGCCACGAGCUCCUCUUCGAUCUCAGCUUGAACUUCACCCAGCAGAACCCUCAGCUCCCCGACCCCAACUCAGGAAACGUCUCCCUCUCCCUGGUGGACAAGGACUUGGACUCUUGUAGCGAGGGAAGCCUGGGCUCCCACUUCGACUUCCCCGAUUACUGCACCCCCGAACUCAGCGAGAUGAUCGCAGGCGACUGGUUGGAAGCCAACUUUUCAGACUUGGUCUUCACUUACUGAAUAACUGUGUUCUUUCUUUUUUUUAUUCAUGUUAAUAAUUAUUAUUAUUAUUCCAAUGGGGAGGGGGAGGGGCACAAAAAUUCUUUGAGCUCCAUCAACAUCUCGGUACAGAUUUAAAGGGCUGUUCUUGCAUCUGUUUUUUAUAUAUCUAUCUCUCUAUAAACGUCCAGCCUUUGAAUUUGGGCGAUCACUGUAGGAGGAAGAGGAUGAGGAGGGCCACAUUGGACAUAGGGGAAUGAAGAAAGGAAAUUGUUUAAAAAAAAAACUCAAAACUAAAAAAAAAAUUGGUCUGGAAGAUGGUCUGGCAGAAC